GAAUUGUCUAACGAACGCCAUUAGCCAGCAUGUGCUCGUAGCAAAAGUCGCUUGUACUUUGCAAAUAAAUACGAUGAGCUCAACGUACAAAGCCAUUACAAUUGAGUUGGAGUGAAAAGUAGACUGACAACAAAUUCAGCCUUCAUUUAAUGGCGACACCCAAUAUUCGUCCACUAACGGACCACCUACAGAAGGUGGCCAUCAAGGAGUUAAAUGAGCGUCCCGAACGAUUGGCGGAAGAUCUGAAAGCCUUAAAAACCUGGGCCGAAAAGGAGCCACACUUAAAUCCACGUCUCGAUGAUCAGCUGCUGGUUGGAUUUUUACGCGGUUGUAAAUUUAGUUUGGAAAAGGCGAAAUCGAAACUGGAUUGGUUCUAUACACUGAAAACAAAAUAUCCAGACUUUUACACAAUACCAAAUGUUGAUGAUCCCAGUGUGUUGGAGCGGCUGAGUUAUGGUUCCGGUUGUCUAUUACCCACACCAUUGAAUGAGAACGGUCCGCGUAUAAUGUUUGUACGCGCCGGCAAUUAUCCAGCCGAUAAGUAUACGCUCAAAGACAUCAUGGCUGUGUCGCAUGCACAACAGGAGCUGUGGAUACGUGAAGAUGACUACGCGACUGUGAAUGGUUUCAUUGAUAUCUUGGAUGUGUCGCGUUUGACGACUGCGCAUUUUGCCAGCCAUACACCGAAUGUGAUUAGGAAGAUGUUAGUUUUCGCUGAGAAAGCAAUACCAUUGCGCCAGCGGGCUACACAUUUCAUCAAUUUUCCACCAAGCUUCUACACGAUCUUCAAUAUGUUGAAGCCUUUGAUGCCGGCGAAACAGCAGGAGCGUCUUUAUGUACACGACAACAAUUUAGAGUCACUCUACACUCAUGUUCCACAGAAAUAUCUACCCAAGGAGUAUGGCGGUGAAAAUGGUUCGCUCGAGGAAAUCACUCAAAUUUCAAAACAAUUCUUCUUGGAUAGACGUGAUUAUCUUCAUGAGGACCUGAAAUAUCGCAACAACGAGAGCUUGCGUAAGGGCAAACAGCCAGAUUAUGAAGGUAUUUUCGGUGUUGAGGGCUCCUUCCGGAAGUUGGAUGUGGACUAGAGCUUUAGAAAAAAUUUUUGUUUGGUAAAAAGUAAAAAGAAGAUUAUAUAUGAUUUUAAUUUUGGAGUUACGGGGUAAUAAAAAUUUGAAAUCU